ACUCCGUCGUUUCAGGCUCAACGCAAUGGCCCUGUCCAGGCUUUGUCCAUGAAAUAUCGUAAUGUUGUCCAUAAAAUCGGAUAUCAGAAACAUGCGAUGGUGAGGGAGAGUCAUCGACGUCCUUCCAAGUCACAGUAUUAUCCACUUAGUUAAACUUUUCUCCUCGUAAUUCUUCGGACUGCAUUCCUUCCCCCCUCCUCUCCACGGAAACCUUUUUACCUCUUCCUGCUUGUCCACCCCCCUCGGGUCGGACACCCCCUUCUCAAAAUGGCACGUCAAGCAUCAAAGUCCAAAGGGGCCGCCAAAACCACAUCCUCGGAGCCAAAUCCAAAAUCAGAACCGUCUACAAUGGACCGAACGGUCAGAAUGGAAGACGCCUUAGAAGACGCACCCCUUCUCACCCAGGAAAACUUCGAGAAAGAACUCAAAGCCCUCGCCUCCAAAGCCCAACAGGAGACUUGGGGAAAAUGGGCCAGAGAACAAGCUUCAGUACUGAGCCAAGCUGCGACCCUCCUCUCUUUAGCUGCUGUCUACUCCAACGUCUCGUACCUCUCCCUCUCGCCCAUUUAUGGCUCCAUCCCCAGCGGUCUUUAUCACGCGAAGGGGGUCAUGAGUGCGUGUUUCCUCGGGUGGAGUCUCAAUCUUUGGUUCAGGAGAUUAUUACCAGUAAAGCCGGUUUACCUCUUGCCCGUUCUGGCGGCGUGGAUCCCGGUGUCCCAGUUCUUUUUGUUCCAAGUUAGUGGUGCGAUGGGAGCACGAUGGGGACCGGUGGUUAUUCAAGCACUGGGUUAUUUGCCGCUGCUCAUGAUGAGUGUGAGUUGCACGGCGACGGUGCUGGAUGAUUUGGAUAUGAAUCCCGGACGGUGGCAGUGGCUUGCUGAGGCAACGCCGGGGAUUGCUUCGUAUGCGUUUUUCAAGACGGUCGAGUACUUUUCCGGUAAUUGGAUUAAUGCUAAUAUCGGAGCGACGAUUGUUCAGACCCGAAUUGGCCUUUCGUUGCUCUUGACGGCGUUGUAUUCGUUGUUUGCGCCGUCCAAGUUGUUGCUCUAUGCUGCCCCUGCGGUUUUGCAUACCCUGUUUUUGAAUAAGCAUUUUCAGACCCCGUAUGGGUUGGAGAGGGCGAAUGGUGGGUUGCAGAAGACGGGGUGGGCGCUUGUGGAUCGUAAGGAGUCGAUUACCGGGUAUAUCUCUAUCGUCGAGAGUGCUGGGCAAUUCAGGGCUAUGAGGUGUGAUCACAGUCUCCUAGGAGGUGAAUGGUUCGCUCGCUCAGAUGGGAUCAAAGAGCCGAUUUAUGGGGUCUUUGUGAUGCUAGAGGCUGUGAGGUUGGUCAAGGUUGAAAUGACAGCCCCGGAGAGGGAGAAGACCGCUUUGGUUAUGUGAGUCUUUCCCUCCAUGUCUUAUCAUUUGACUGUUUCAGAAGGAGACUAAUGAAUGGCAGUGGUCUGGGAAUUGGAACAACUCCUGCGGCUUUCAUGGCUCAUGGAAUCGAUACCACGAUUGUGGAAAUCGACCCCGUGGUCCAUGAAUAUGCGACCAAGUAUUUCGCUCUUCCCGAGGAACACACGGCAGUCAUCAACGACGCUGUAAAAUUCGCGUCAAACACCGCGAAAGCGGGGAAGAAGUAUGAUUACAUUGUUCAUGAUGUAUUUACUGGCGGUGCGGAGCCGGUUAACUUGUUUACCUUGGAGUUCAUCCAGGAUCUUUACGAUAUGCUUGAACCAUGGGGUGUUAUCGCCAUCGUAAGUCUUUCAUUCCCAAGAAAAUCCAAUUUGAGCUUCUACUAACAACCCAGAACUACGCCGCGGACCUCACCCUCCCCCCUUCCCUAAUAACCACUACAACAAUCCAACAAGUCUUCCCGACAUGCCGCAUAUUCCGAGAAUCUGCAGCCCCAUCCCAGGACGAAGUCGCGGAGCACCGCGGUGAUUUCACCAACAUGGUCAUCUUCUGCACCAAAGAAGCUCACUUCCCAUCCUCCUCGUCUGAACCCAAGACGAUUGAGUUCAACAAUCCGAAAGCGAAAGACUACUUGGGCAGUCGUGCACGUAAAGAGUUCCUCGUCCCGAGAUUCGAGGUCCUGCCCCAGCAUUUUGCGCCCAGAGAGGAGGGCGAGAUGGAGGUUUUGAGGAAGAAUGAGACGGAGAGGUUUGAGGGGUGGCAGCAGACUAGUGCGAUGGGGCAUUGGACGGUUAUGAGGCGGGUUCUUCCGCAGGAGGUUUGGGAGGGGUGGUAGGUGAGGUGAGAGUGUAGCGGGUUUCGGGUACUUUUUUAUGGGGUUUUUUGUAUAAUUUAAUUUAGGGCCUGUUUAGCUCGCCCAAUUUAGUGAUUUGCACCAUAUAAAAAGAUAUGCAUACAAAUCUAAUUUGCAUGCAAUUUAGGAUA